AUGAGAAAUCAAUUAGAAGAUUUACCAAAUGAGCUUUUAUGGCUCAUUUUAGAAUAUAUAUCACCAAUUGAUUUAUUUUAUACAUUUUUAAAUCUCAAUCAACGUUUUAAUAAAAUUCUUCGUCUGACACAUUGUCGUUUAAAUCUUUUGUAUACAAAUAAAGAUCAAUUCAAUUAUUAUCUUAAUACAAUUCUACCAAAUAUUGAAAUCAAUCGUAUUGAAUCAUUUCAUAUUGAUGAUAUUAAUACGCGUCUUGAUUCAAUUCAUAUUUAUAAAAAUCUACAUUCAUUAACAAUUCAUUAUUUACGUACAGAAAAUAUUGAUUUAUUAGCAACAAAUAUAUUACCUGAAUUAAAACAAUUGCAUUCUUUACGUUUACAUUCACAAUUUAUAUUAAAGGAUGAAGAUAUUAAUUCAUUAACAAAUGUUCUUUUUAGCGAACAAAUACCUUCAUUAUUAUAUUGUUAUUUGGGCUUUCAAGAUUUUGGUUGUAUGAGUUUUGAUCAUUUAAAAACAACAAAUAAAGCAUUAGCAUUAAAAACAUUAGUUAUCGAUCAAUGGUGUCGUUUAAAAGAUUUUAUUCGAUUACUCCAUUUUAUACCUAAUAUUCGACAUUUAACUGUUCGUCUAUUUGAUUCACAUCCUAAAGGAAUGAUUAUUCCAUCUCUUACUACAAUUGAUGAUUUUACUAUUCUUGUACCUCAUUUAAUUUAUCUUCGAGCAAAACUUUCUCAAAUCUCAUUAAUAACAGCUACAAAAAUCUUAUUUAAUCGUUUACCAUGUCAACUUCGUCAAUUAUCACUUUCGACAUGGUCUAUUGACUAUGCAAAUAGUGAUUCUUGGGAAAAUAUUCUUUCAUCAAAAUUUCCUAAUUUAAAACAUUUUCGUUUAAUUGUUUCUCUGGAUCGAAUUCCUGUUAAUUAUGAAGUUACAACAAAUACUGAUCUUGAUAAUAUCAUUAAACCAUUUAAUGAAUCAAAAUAUUUUCACGAUCAUAAUUGGAAUAUUUCCCUUAAUGUUAAUGAACGUGAUCGUUUAAAAUUUGUUUUGCAUACAAUACCAUAUCCUAUUGAAAAUUUUCAAACAACACUUUAUAAUAUUCGUCGUUGUACAUUAUCAUCAUCAGUAGUUGAAUCAAUUUAUCGUUAUGUUACUAGACUAACUUUAACAUUACAUGAUGAUCUUACUCCAUUAAAAGAUAAUAAAAAUGAAUAUCGAAAGUUUUCAAAUGUUAAUGAACUUAUUUUUCUUUCAAAUUUAACAAGUGACUGUCAACAAUUUUCAUCAAUAGAAUAUUUUAAUAAUUUUAAAAAUAUAAUUAAUCUAUCAAAUAUAACAUCAUUAGAUUUUCCAGAAGAAACACAUCAGUAUCCAAUACAAUUAAUAAAUAUACUAUUAAAAAAUUUACCACAACUUCAUUCAUUAAUUCUCUCGCAUCGAUCGUAUAUUUGUUUACAGACACAAUCAAUGAAUUCAUUAAAAACUUUAACAUUAAUUUUUGCAAUUUAUUCACCAACAUCUCCAUUAGCAACAAGACUAAGACAUUUAAUACCAUCAACUCAAAUAUUAACCAAUGAGAUAAUAUUAGAACUUGUUCGAAUAGUACCUUUGUCAUUUCCUAAAAUACAAACAUUAACAUUAGUUGUUAGAGAUUUAGAUGUUUUUGAUAAUCAAUUUUCUGAAUGGCUUGAAAGUCAGUUUUCUAUUAAACAAAAUAUUUCAUAUGAGUUACUUAUAAAUGAUAAAUUAAUUCGCUUUCAUUUUUAG